AACUCACUCUUCUCUAUUGCCUCCGUUUUAGCUCAAAGAGCUGAACUUCCACGCAUUGCUUUUGCUAAAUCAGAAUACCUGCUUGUUGCGUUCGUAUUGUCCCUCCAAAAUUUUCUUUUUUCUUUUUUAUUUUCGCCUUUUGUCGAAAAUUUUGUUGACAAUUAAGAUGAACCUGUGUUCAUGUCUACAUCUGCCUUUUGGAUUAGUCAGCUGGAAUAAAUACCAAGUUGAAGUCUGUGGAGAAUAUCUUGAUUGUUGCUAUGUCCAAUGGAAAAUCAAGCUGAUUUGAGCCAAAGAUUGCUGCUUGAGCAAGAUAUUCUGAGAUUAGUGAUAUGCAGGCUGAACAAUGGGUUAAUAAUAUGAGUGGAUCUGUGGAGGAUGAACCAGUAGAAGUAGAGCCAGAAGGCCGACCUCCUAAGUAUAGUUUACAUCUUCUAUUACUGCUUUAUUCUGUUACUCUGAACUAAUUGCAAGGUUUGAAUCAUUUGUUUUUAGGCUUGGACUAGGAGCUAAAGUUUCUCGGCAAUCCAAAGUUGGACCUUCUAAUGAUCCUGUUGAUAGAAAAUUAUAUGCAAAGUUAGAUGUUGGAAAAAGAAAAGCCUCUAAAAGCAUUGAGGAGUCUACUGUAUCACGUAGAGAUGAAUCUAAUGAGGGAGAAUAGGAAGGGGAUUUAGAGAGUAGAUGUAGCGUGUUUACCAAAUAGAGAGCACUUCCUCCUACGUCAACUUUACAGGGAAAGAAGAAACAGAAGUAACUCAAUUCUCUUGUAAAAUUGGCUCUUAUUAACUUGUGUUGUAAUUUCCUUCGUUACAGACUUGAUAACUUUAAUAUUUUUCUAGGGAAUUUUUUUAACUUGUGCCCUUAGGAAAUUAAUUCCAAUAUUUGUA